GCCAGACUGUACUUUGUCCAACCCCUUUAAACACUUUUUAGCUUCAUCUCUGAUGCAUCUCCAAGCAAUAAAAGGAGGUGUUUUGGCUGAGAACACACACCUCUGAGUUUUGCUUCUUUUCUUGCUAGCUUCUUCAGUUGAAGUAUUCAGGAAUUAGAGCACAGUGACAAGAGUGGUAUUUCUUUGUGGCAUUGAGCAGAACCCACUUUCUUUAGGAAAAACAACAGAUACAUCUAACAAAGACACCAGUAAAGAAGAAUGAAUUCAGAAGACACUGAAAUGAUUAAAAUGCUGUUCCAGUACCAACAUGGAUUUCUUAUCUCAAAAAUCAUGUUUACGGCUGCUGAAUUGGGAGUAUUUGAUCUGCUGAGGGAGUCAGAAGAACCAUUGACCUCAUCAGCUAUUGCUGAAUGCCUGGGCACCAGCCACGUAGGAAUGGAGAGGCUGCUGGAGGCCUGUGUGGGUUUAAAGUUUCUGAGAAUGGAGAGGAAAGACAACAUAGGUCUUUAUGGAAACACAGUCCUUGCUGAUCUCUACCUUGCUAAAUCAAGCCCCAAAUCUCAGUAUUAUUACAUGAAGUUACAGUCUGAUGUCUACUAUCCAGGUCUGCAGUACUUGUCUGAUGCUGUAAGGGAAGGAAAAAGUCAGAUCAAAUCAAAACAUGGACCAUCAGUGAAUGAUUUUUUUCAGCUUGUUUAUAGAUCAGAGGAAGGGAAGCAAGUAUACUUCAACGCCAUGGAUAAUUCUUGGAGUUUGUUUGGUAGCGAACUUAUUUCUGAGUUCGAUCUUUCUGAUUUCCAUCUUGUUUGUGAUCUGGGAGGAGGUAGUGGUUUUUUCGCCAAAGAACAUAUUUCAUCAUACCCAAAUUCUACUGUGACCAUUUUUGACUUACCUGAAGUAAUAGAAACAGCAAAGAAGAAUUUUCUGGGCUCAGAGGAAUGCCGGAUUUUAUUCCAGGAAGGGGAUUUUUUAAAGGACCCAGUUCCUGAAGCUGACCUUUAUAUACUGUCAAGAAUCUUACACUUGUGGAAUGAUGAGAGGUCUGUGCAACUACUAACCAAAUUACACAAGGCUUGCAAACCUGGUGGCGGAGUUUUAAUAGUUGAACCUGUUCUUGAUGAUGAAAGAGGUGAAUCCUUUGGAGCGCAUUUUGCUUCCAUAAAGCUGCUUCUCUAUAAUGAUGGAAAAACUCGUACUUCAUCAGAGCACAAAGCACUAAUUGGUGUAGCUGGCUUCAAAGACAUUCAGGCAAAGAAUAAAGGCUUGUUUGGUGCCAUUUUGGGAAGAAAGCAAUGAUACCCUUGCUUCAGUCAUCUCUAGACUCUAGAGGAAUUUGAGAUAAUAAAGCUCUGUUCAGCUAUUUC